AACUCCUCCGCUCCAAAUAUAAAGGGAUGCAAUGGGGAGGUUUCACCAUCACUCCUACUGACCUCGCAAGUCCCUAGGUACAGAAGAAACUAGACCUGCUGUUGUAUAAUUUAUUCAACUUUGUACCAAGUAAAGGCAUAACUUGGAGGACAAAUUCAGCAGAAAGGAAAUGAAUAAUCAAUAUAUACGAAGAGAAGUCUUCUGCUGUGAAACCUGUCAUGAACUUAAAAGCUUCUGGGAAAAAGAAAUUGGCAAACAAACUUUCUAUAGGGAAUUGGAAGAAGAUCGUCAGGGAAGAAGUGCCCUGACAAAGCUCAGAGAUGAAUGGAAGCAGAUGUUGGAAAAAAGGUUAAAGAUGCUGGACAAUCCUGAUGAGAAUGAAAAGCCCACCAAUGCCAACUGAAAGCUUCCUACAUUUGAGAGAAUAAGGAACUGAAGUCACUUUUCUGGGGGAAUCCAGUGCAAAUGCCUAAAUUACUUUGAUUUACUAAAUCCAAUGAGUUCUAUUUGUUUUUCCAUUUGUGAGGGGAUUAGAAUGUGAAACCUCUUCUAGUGUUAAUGGAAGCUAUUAACCAGCCCAAUAUUCUGUGUAUACAUAACCUCAAAUCUAUCAAAGAGCUCCAGACUUAACUAAUACAGGCAGUGCUCUGGAUUAGCACCAUAUAAAAGUUUCAAACAUCUAGGCACCUGAAUUCAUUUCCAUAUAAUUAUCCCUGCAUUUUAAAAUCAAAAUCCUUUACAUUUCAAGAACACCUAGGUGCCAAUCUUAAUGGUAACAUCCCUAACAAUAGAUGAUAAUUCUGUUUUGCCAUUUCUCCUGGAAAAUUAGAUUCUUGAGAUUAUUUUUCUUCCUUUCAUCCUUUCUCCUUUCUUUCCUUUGUUUGGUGAAUUCGGGAAGGCACCUACUGCAUAAACUAUUACAAAUUCAUUAAAAAUGUAGCUGGGAAAUGAAUCAAUCUAAUUUUCUUUUCUCUUUAUGUUUUUUAGCUCUGCUUCUACAAAAACAUGUAAAGUGGUUGGGGGCAUUCCUUCACAAUGUGCCCCUGAAAAAGCUAAAAACCAGUUUUGAGUAACUGUGGGCCAGCACCCCCUUGAAGCUAUGGCUCACAAGAUCUCCUCCCCCCAACUGUAUACUUUUACUUGCCAACCUUAGGCCACAUUAGGGUUUUAAAAAAAUAAUCAGAUAUAAUAGUAAAUGAAGUGAUGACAAAUGAUCACAUACACCUUGUAUAUUUGGGCUACACUCACCCAUACAGUAACCAGUGGGUAAUAUGCAUAUUCAUACAUGCAGAGAACAUAAAUAAUCAAGGAACAUAUAUAUAUAUUCAUGGAAAAUAAAAAGAACCAAUAUGGUCAAGGUACUUUUGUGUACAGCCAAUACAUCAGGAACUCCUGUGGCUAUGGCACUCCUGCAACUACAAAUAUUUUGGCUAAAUAUACCUCUGAUGCCAGAUUUAUCAAUGAUGGGUAAUGGUGGUGAUGUCAUCAUAGUGUUUUCUGCUACUCAGUGUUGAGUUUCAUAUUUCCACAGGACAUUUGUUGUCUCUCUUGGGAAUUUUAUUGUCCUUAUUCACCUCAUUGUCUCUUCUGAUUAUCUCUGUUGUUCUUGUGGUCCCCAAGCUACUCUGCUACCAUCUUAUGGGAUUAAUUUCUUUAGAACUAUCUGCUGUUCUCUGAGUCCAUCCACUAAGGUGCUAUGUAUAAAAACUCUUUCCUUACAAAGCCAGUCUUAUACAGUAUUUUAUGGUGUCUUAUAGGGCAUAACCAA